AUGAAAACCCAUCCAAUAUUGUUGUUUCUAUUACAAAUCACCAUAGGAUUUACCUGGAAAUUCAAACAAAACCCUUACGCAGAUCUAUCAUUCGAAGAAAAAGUCGCCCACGACGGCUACCCAUUGGAAACCUACCAGAUAGAAACCAAAGACAACUACCUCCUAGCCCUGUACAGGAUCCCCCGCGGUCGAUUGGACCCCCUCGAAAGACCUCCGAAGCGAAGGAGGAAGCAGAACCGGGCGAAGAGACGGCGCGAACCGGUGCUCAUCCUGCACGGUUUGGGCUCCGCCCCGGCCAUGUACGUGCUCCAAGGCCCCGGCAGAGCACUGGCCUACAAUCUGGUCGAUUCGGGCUUCGAUGUGUGGCUGUUGAGCAACCGAGGUUGCGGCCGAUCGGACAGGCACAGGUUCUUGGACAUCGAUGUGGACAGGAAGUUCUGGGAUUUCAGUUUUCACGAAAUAGCCAUCUACGAUCUGCCGCCCGCCGUGGAUUUCGUGGCGAAUAAAACCGAUCGGAAGCUUACAUUGCUCGGGCAUUCUCAAGGUAACACGAUUAUGGUGAUUUUCCUGGCGGAAAAACCCGAGUACAACGACAAAGUGAAAUUGGGCGUGAUCUACGCACCCUCGGUUAAAAUAUACUUGGAUAUGGUUUUGGCGACACCGGUGAUUUACGCAUCGGAAUUACUCACGAAUAUAUCGUAUUUAUUCGGAAUGUACGAGGUGUUUCCGCAAAGUUUCGUGGCCCCUUUGAGAGAUUUGUGCAAAGAACAAACGUAUUUUUUGGAACUUUGUUAUCACAUCCUCAGCGCUAUAGGUAGUGCCCCUUCGAAAUUAUUGGACUUGGAUUUAAUACCGACUAUUAUUGGUGCUGCUUCUGGAAGGGCUUCGCUCCUGCAACUGACGCAUUACAUGCAAAUAAUUAGAACGAAUUAUUUCGGACAAUUCGAUCACGGGCCGAAAAAAAACAUGAAAAUUUACGGAAAUUCCACUCCCCCCGCCUAUGAUCUUAACAAAAUCAGCGCUCCCAUGGCGGUUUAUUACGCCCCAAAAGACGAAUUGGCUACAAUACAGGGCGCCUUGGAUACAAUAAAACUUCUACCGAAUGUUAUUCAUCAGGAACUAGUCGAUUAUGAAUAUUUCAAUCAUAUCGAUUUUCUUUUCGCAAAAAACGCCACUGAAUUAGUUUAUGUAAAUACUAUUAACCUCAUCAAGUCGUUUGAUGAAAAAUUUGCAAAUAAUUCGAUUAAUUAA